GAGAAAGAGAGUCCUGUAGAUUACAGAGUGAAGUAUGACAAUGGAGUUACUAAGGUAUACCGUGUGAAUAUGCUUAAACGCUGGUUAGACAGAAAGGAGGAAAUGAAACCUCAGGCGAUGGCAAGGGUAUGUAUAGUAGAGAAUGUGGAGGAUGAUAACGACUGGAUUGGAAAUCCACUUAUAGAUCCUCGGGACACUUUCAGAAACAUGAAGAUUGAUGAGUCGUUGUCUGGUCAACAGAAAACAGAACUGACGGACUGUCUGCAAGGAUAUGGUAAAGUGCUUACCAAUGUUCCAGGGAGAACUACGGUGUUGAAACAUCAGGUGGUGACUACGAGUGAAAGUCCAGUGCGACAGAAACCCUACCAAAUUCCACAUGCUAUACGAGACGAAGUACGGAAAGAGGUAUCGUCAAUGUUAGAGACAGGCAUUAUGGAAACUUCGAUUAUAUUGCAAACUGGUGCAAGUGAUAGAGGUCUAGGAGGUGUUCUAUUACAGAAGAAGAAUUCAGAACGUCAUCCCCUUGUAUAUUUAAGCAAAAAAGUUGUUACCAAGAGAACGGAGUUUUGCUACAGUGGAAAAGGAAUGUUUUCAAUUGUGUGGGCCAUUAAACGCCUUAGAAAGUAUUUGUACGUUUUGUAA